AAAUGAAUUAAACAAAUUUUAAAAUUUUAAUUCGACAACGUACGGAUAACCAAGGAUUAAACCGGAUCUUGGACAUUGAAAAUUAAAUGAGAAGAUGGAAGAAGAGUUCACCGCCGUUGUUCCCUGCUCUUCCCUAGCCGUCGAUUCCGUCCUCCGAUUCGCUAUGGCAGGUGUAUUCUGGGGAUUCUGUUCUGCCCCUUAUGAUGCUCGUAAAAGAGGUUUAACUGGUAUUGCUCAAGCUUCAUUUGUGGCAAAGUCUGUUGGAAAAUUCGGCUUCCAAAGUGGACUCGUUGCUGGUGUAUUCGCCACAACUCGCUGUGGGCUUCAGAAAUACCGGAAGCGGAACGACCCGUUAAACACUUUAAUAGCGGGUGCUGUUGCCGGUGCUGCCGUUGCUGCUCAGACUAGAAACUGGAACAAUAUCAUUGGGGUAGCAUGCCUUGUUUCAGCUUUCAGUGUCGCUGCUGAUCAUAUUUCCAGAGCAAAUUGAAAUAUCUAGUGACCCAAUUCCAAAAUUGUCAUUAAAAGGCAAUGAGGGCAUGAUCGAAGGAGUUUGGAUUUUGCAGGAGUAAACCUCGUAUAAUCAUAUUAUUGCUGCUAUUGCAUUAAAUAGAAUAGGGUAAAAUGUUUUUUUUAAGCUUUGCAAAGCUCACUGUCAAUCAAAGCUUACAACAGACAUGGGAAAUUACAAAAGAUGGCAAAUACAUGUCAAAAAAGGGAAAAAAAACCUCUAAAGGGGACUUAAACUGAAACUGCUGCUGCUGCUAACUAUAUAUGUUGGGAGUUCUUUUCCAGUGAAAUAAUAUUUGAUUGGCCUUUUGCCAUUGCCACCUUAAGAUGAUGCUUCAUUGUUGCUGCUGCCCUCCUUAUGAUCACCAAAUAUACGUUGCCGGAAAUCCGAAACCAUCAGAGGGAGACCCUUUCGGAGAGAGACUUUGGGUUCCCAACCGAGUAGCUCCUUGGCUCUCGAGAUAUCAGGCUUCCUCUUGUGUGGGUCAUCUUCUGUGUUGGGUCUGAAUUCUAUCUUUGCAUUUGGAUCAAUUGUUUCUUGUACCACCUGUAAAUGAGUAACCACUGUCAAAACACGUAUCUUUAUAGUAUUUCUUUUUGGUAUAA